AUGGCUUCUAUUUCACCUUUGGACGUACCUUCUCUGACUAAUAAAUGUAAGUAUCUGUUAAUCUGGUUGUACAUUUUUAGUUAUUAAAGAUUUUGUAUAUUAUACUAGGUUAUUUAGAAAAUUUUGUGCGGGAUUUGGCUGAAAAACACGCUAGAUUGGUCUCAAACACAUUUUCUCUUCGCUUGAUGAUCCGUCAAAGUAUUUUACUUCAUUUUUACAAAUAGUUCGCAUAGUUUGGGCGUUGAAUUUCAUCUCUACCUAAAAUCUGCAUCAAGUUUGGACAUGAAGAAAAAGUCUACAAGAGAAGGAGAAACCUGCCCAGUUACGUUUUUAUAGACACUAGAGGCCAAUAUUACGCUAAAUAAUCAAAUCCAGGCAGAAAACUUGGCAAAUCUCAACUAAAACCUUCAAAAACACCUAGUAUUAAACAAAAUCUUUAAUAACUAAACGACGUACGACCAGAUUCAUAGUUACCUACGUUUAUUUUACAGAAGACGUACGUCCGAAGGUGAAAUGGAGGCGAUAUUCCAAAUCCGACUGCAAACUGUCUCAAAAUUGAUCAUUUAGGUAUAGAAUAACUACUCUCAAAGAACGCUAAAAAUUGAGCGGAAAUCACAACGUAAUUGGAUAAAAUUUGAUUUGUAAAGAUAGAGUAGAACUUGUUUUUGAAAUAAUCAACAAGAACUGGCCAGAUUUCCCUUGAUUAAUCUCCGAUAUAACUGCCUGAAGUUCGGGGAAAAAUAUCUAAAUAUCUAGACAAAGUGCUCACUAUUUUCCCGACAGAUUGAUAGGUGCUUUUUCAGACUCUAAGACCAGGAAUUACACCGUCUAUGUGGCGACUGCUCGAAGUGGCUGCGACUGCAGCGACAUGGGCUCGGUCCAGGCGCAACUUUCCAUUAUCGAUCUAAGUAAGUCGGAACAUUUGAAAAUAAACCUUUUUUAAACCUCUUUUGCACUUUUAUUCAUGUUUUUUCUUAUUUCAGCAUAUGGCGAAAACAUUUGCCCGCCGGGCUACAAUUACGCAGUCGAUACGACAAUGUCGUUUCUAUGCGGCGAUACGGUAGGUUCUUUGCGAAAGUUUGUCAUAUUUUAGGUAGCCGAUUUAGGAGGCAGCUCCGAUCCAUAUGGCCACAAAUUCAACACGUACAGGGUUGGUGUCACAACGAAUACGACAGGAUAUCCGGAACAAAGCCAGUGAGAGAUUUGCAGUUUUGUUUUACAAGCAAAGUGCUUAGGGUGUGAUGUUUAAACUUCAAUGAAACUUGGCACAAAUUUAGACUAUUUUUUUAAGAUAUGUGAAAUUUUUGACUUGUAUUCAAUUAUGGUAAAAUUCUCAUAAUAAAAUCUCAAUUUUCAGAGUGAACAAUUACGUUAUGAACAGAGCUCGUAAGUGGACAAUAAACCUAUUUUAUAAGCACUGUGAAAACUUGUUUUAGAAGCCACAACAACGUCAAAAUACACUUGCAGCACUGAACAAGCAUUUGUUGUAUUUCUCAUGGAUGGAUAUUACUGCCAUCGUCUAGUGGAGCUCUACAUCAACUCGUCGACUCCGUUGAUCGAAAAUCGAUGCAAAGAUUAUUUGACUGGUGGCACUCCGGUCAAACUUUUCAACAACCUCAUUCGGGGAUUUCUUUACAGUAAGUUCGUUUUCUUUAAUUUAAUAAUUGAGAGGUGCUGAACAUACGACGUUGGUGUUUUCUUUUAAAUUUGUACAAAAUUUAAGUCUAGACCACAAAUCAAUUCCUAAAAGCUUUAGCUCUCGCUUUGCAAAGGCAGCCGAGGUAUUUUAAAGUUAAAAAAAAACAAUCUUUGUCGACGAAAGAGUAUAUGGGAAAUGCAGAGAGCGGAGAGAAAAUCUUUUUGAAAGAAAUUAUUUUUUUCUUAUUGUUAGAACCGUUGAUUCCUUUGGUAUUCAUAAGUGAAUGUUUCGUGGAUUAACUCCGAAGAGAAGUGCCAAAUUGUCACCAACCCUCGGAAUGAAAGGAUGUUUUAUUUCUGCGAAGCAUGAACUAGGAAGUCUGAGCUCCUUGUAGCCCUACUGCUUCCAAUUUUUGCACAUUUCAGUCUGUCGGGAAAAUAAUGAACGCAAUAUUACUGCGCCGAUCGCAACGCUGAAUUGGGAAAAGCAAUAUGAUUUAGCCACAUUACAAGUCAUUUUCUCAGCGGCGAUGCGAUUUUGGAUAUUUUUUUUCCGACAGACUGGUAUUCCAGUUGUUAAAUCGGAACUCGGUUAAAGCCAAAAACCUUCAGAUACUUUUUAUUUUCUAUGACUUUUUGCCUUUGUCGAUAUAAUUUCAUACUUUUACCCCAAGCGACAUGCACUUCUUUCGCAGAAAAUAAGGUUUUUUACGCAAAACAAAAAUCAUCCUGGCUACAAUUUAGCACCUUGAUUGGAUGCAAAGGGGGGUUCUACGACGUGUUUUACAAUUAGAUUUUAUAAAUUUUUUUAUAACCAAGUUAUACUCUAUACUUAGACUUCAGUUUUUCAUGUUAGUUUUUUCUCUACGAAAAUCUCGAAACCUUUUAUUUGACAUUCUCAACGAUUGCAAAGCGCCAGCUCAAAAUCCCCGAAAUUUCUCUGAAAGUUCAUUUCCAAGUUCCGACCAAAUUUCCAGCAUACCAUACACACAAUUAGAACUUUUACCGUUUCAGUAAACAACUACGGCUGGCCGGUAGUUGGUAUAGUUCGAAACGGGACCGGUUGGAUGUACUGGGACAACACCACCAUCCCCACGGAUCAACUAUUCUGGCAAGAUGGAUAUCCACUAGACGACGGUGACAUCGUCAUGGUCGGAGUGCAGGGCCUGAGUUUAUUCAACGGCCCCGAAAACGUGGAUAACGUUUUCCCAUGCAUAGCACACGCCACAAAACUUUGA